AUGGUUGUUAUAGUUAAUGUUUAUAUGCAUGUUGCUGUCUCAGCUGUUGCUAAUGGAAAACGGGAUGCUUCUAAUGUUGGUCAAUCAGUUAUAUUGCCCCCCACGUUCCUUGGAUGCCCUCGAGAUUUGAGCAGGAGGUACCUCAAUGCAAUUACUCUUAUUCAAAGGUUUGGCAAGCCUGACCUCUUUGUCACUAUGACUAGCAAUCCCAACUGGCCAGAAAUAAAAGCAGAACUUGAUCCUGGCGAAAAAGCUCAAGACCGGCCUGAUUUAAUUGCGUGUGUUUUCAGGGCAAAACUUAUUGCGUUGAAAAGAAAAUUAUGGAUGAAAAUGUCUUUGGAACCAGCCUUGAACGACAAGUUCACUUGUGCUGAGAUUCCUAGCAGUGACAACCCUUAUUUGCGUAAGAUUGUUCUUCGCCAUAUGAUGCGUGGCCCUUGUGGCAAGGAAGAUCCUAGCUGUUCUUGCAUGAACAAGAAGGGGUGGGAAGGAAAAUGUAAAUAUGGCUACCCAAAGGCAUUCAAUGAUACAACCACAUACAAUUAUAGUGGCUACCCUACUUACCGUAGGCGUGACACAGGGCAUGACAGAUGUUCAUUUAAUAUAACAAAAAUCGGUGUAAGGCUACCUGUUAAUGAAAUUGAACAAUUUCAUUCAGGCCGUUGGGUGUCUCCUUGUGAAGAUGCUUGGCGGAUCUUUUCAUUUGAUCUUUAUGAAAUGAUCCCGCUUGUACUAUUGCUACAGGUGCACUUGCCAAACCAACACUCCGUUAGGUUUAAUGCUUCUGACCAGCUAGAGGAUGUAAUUGUUGACAGUAGAAAGGCCAGAACGUCGUUAAUAGAAUUUUUCAAAAUGAAUGCUGCAUUUCCAAACAAACCUAAAUUAUUGUAUUCUGAAUUUUCUGAACAUUUUGUGUGGAAGCCUUCUUCUAAGACAUGGAAAGAACGUUCUCUUGGUGGUGUCGUCAGCAGAUUAGCCUUCGUUUCCCCAUCUAAAGGGGAGAGGUAUUUUCUCCGUCUUCUCUUAACACAUGUACGGGGUCCUACAUCAUUUGAAAACAUGCGUACUGUUAAUGGGCUUCUCUGCGCUACAUUCCAAGAAGCUGCUAUAAAGUUGGGUCUGCUUAGUGAAGAUGAUGCAGUGGAAAAGUGUGUGGUUGAAGAUGCUACUACACAGAUGCCACAAGCACUACGAAGAUUUUUUGCAACACUACUUAUUUUUGGUAACCCACGUGACCCUUUAGCAUUGUGGCAUAAAUAUUACGAUGCUUUUUCUAAAGACUACAACCAUUCAUUUAGAGGUGAAGAACUAAAGGUGAAAGCAAUAACAAUUCGUGAUGUGGAGCGAUAUUUGGAAGAGAUGGGAAAGACAUUACAAGAAUUUGGGUUGGAGUCUUUAGUCAGCUCUUUAGAUAAAGGGCUUACCCGGACUAAAGAUAUUGCAAAUGCAUUAGACGCACCCAUUCCUGGCGAGUAUAUUGAAGCAAUUUCUACAUUAAAUAGCAUGCAACAUGAAGCUUUCAAUGCAAUUAUGAGCAAGAUCAACAGUGGAGAACCAGGAGCCUUCUUUAUUGAUGGCCCUGGGGGCAUAGGUAAAACUUACCUUUACUAUGCUUUUUAUGCUUCUGUUAGGCAGAUGGGCAAGAUUGUGCUUCCUACAGUAACAUUAGAAAUUGUUGCAUCAAAUAUGAUCACAGGUCGAACAACUCAUUCACGGUUUAAGCUACCUCUAGAUCACUCUGUGUCAAUAGCUUGCAAUGUUUCUAAGAAAGUGGACUUGCAGCCUUAUUAA